AUGGGCAACGAACCCAGCAAGCCGAGCCGGCAGUCCCGGUCGGCGCUGCCCUCGACCGAUGCGCCGAGCAGCCCACACGCGAUCGCCGCCAGCUCGGAGCCGCUCACGGCACUGGCUUCGGACCAGUUCACCGCGCUACCGCAAGUGACGCAAGCUCUGCGAAGCUGCGGCCUCGAGCACUGCAAUCUGAUCAUUGGCAUCGACUGCACGAAAUCCAACGAGUGGAGUGGCAAGCGGACGUUUGGGGGCCGCUGUCUGCACGAGAUCGACGACCCGAGCGUCCAGAACCCGUACGAAGACGUGAUUGAGACGAUCGGCAAGACGCUGCGGGACUUUGACAAAGACAAUCUGAUUCCAGUCUACGGCUUUGGCGACGAGUUGACGUGCGACCGUGCGGUGUUCACGUUCGCUCAAAGCGACGACCAAGUUGGAUUUCCGCUCGAAGGUCUUCGCUCGCGGUACCGAGAAGUGGUGCGGGACGUCGUCAUGGCGGGCCCGACCUCCUUUGCUCCCAUUAUCAACGAGGCCGUGAACAUUGUCAAUCGCACGGGAAAGUAUCACAUACUCGUUAUUAUUGCCGACGGACAAGUGACGCGGUCAGUGGACAUUCCGGCCCAUGCAGUGAGCAAAACCGAGAAGGAAACGAUCGAUGCGAUUGCUUGUGCGAGCAAUUUCCCCCUGAGCAUUGUCAUGGUGGGCGUGGGCGACGGGCCAUGGGAGUCUAUGAUUUACUUUGACAAUUACCUGCAGCACAGGAAGUUUGACAACUUCCAGUUCGUAGAGUACCACAAGAUCACGUCGCAAUUCAGUGACCCGCAGAUUAAAGAAGCACAGUUUGCCUUGCAGGCGCUGAUGGAGAUACCCGAUCAAUAUCGCACGAUCAAGGAGAUGAAGUACCUGGAUCGCGGACCCAAUCGAGAAGAUACCAAACUUCCAUCUGUCGACGUUUUCCCGCCGCCUCAACGGACGCAGGAUGUCUAUGGAAGCCACCACGACGGCAUUCACCGGUCGACUUUGCAGCAGACGCGUAGUGCAUAUCCUGCAGUGACGUCAGGGCGAUACGGGCAAGCAAGAUCGCCGACAGCGCCGCUCUUCCGCUCGGCAGACGGUGCGCACAGUGGACUGGCGCACCCGGCGCUACAGUCUCGCACGUCACGUGCUGAGGAAGAGCUCGCGCGGUUGCAAGAUGCGUUGCUGUGUCCCAUCUGCGAGGAGAGAAGGAAGGACACGAUAUUCCAAUGUGGACAUGAAACGUGCCAGGACUGCGGCAAGCUAAUCUCGCUCUGCCCUCUCUGUCGACAAGUGAUCGAAGUGCGUAUAAAGCGGUUUGUCUAG